AUGCAGCUAGGGGAGCAGCUUCUGGUGAGCACGGUGAACCUGCCCGGCGCGCACUUCUACCCGCUGGAGAGCGCGCGGGGCGGCGGGGGCGGGCCGGCCGGUCACCUCCCCGGCGCCACCCCCUCGCCCCAGAGGCUGGACUUGGACAAGGCGCCUAAGAAGUUCCCGGGCGGCCUCUCGUGCGAGGCGGGGAGCGGGGAGCCCGCGACGGCCGGCGUGGGGGCGCCCGCGGUCAUGCUAAGCGACGCGGACGCCGCCGGGGACGCCUUCGCCAGCACCGCGGCGGCCGUGGCCAAGCCGGGGGCCCCGGACGGCCGCAAGGGCUCCCCCUGCGGGGAAGAGGAGCUCCCCUCCGCCGCCACGGCAGCCGCCACGGCGCGCUACUCCAUGGACAGCCUGGGCUCGGAGCGCUACUACCUGCAGUCCCCCGCGCCGCAGGGUUCCGAGCUGGCCGCGCCCUGCUCGCUCUUCCCCUACCAGGCGGCGGCCGGGGGGCCCCACGGACCCGUGUACCCGGCUCCCAACGGGGCGCGCUACCCCUACGGCUCCAUGCUGCCCUCCGGCGGCUUCCCCGCCGCCGUGUGCCCGCCCGGGAGGGCGCAGUUCGGCCCGGGAGCCGGCGCGGGCGGCGGCGGCGCGGGUGCGGGUGGCGGGGGAGGCGGCCCCGGAACCUAUCCGUACGGCCAGGGGGCUCCCCUCUACGGGCCGUACCCCGGGGCGGCGGCGGCGGCGGCGGGUGCGUGCGGAGGCUGGGGGAGCCUGGAGGUGUCCGGAUCCAGUUUACGCGCGCACGUCUACCUGUGCAACCGGCCCCUGUGGCUCAAAUUCCACCGGCACCAGACCGAGAUGAUCAUCACGAAACAGGGCAGGCGCAUGUUCCCCUUCCUGAGCUUCAACAUAAACGGACUCAACCCCGCCGCCCACUACAACGUGUUCGUGGAGGUGGUGCUGGCCGACCCCAACCACUGGCGCUUCCAGGGGGGCAAGUGGGUGACCUGCGGCAAAGCCGACAAUAACAUGCAGGGCAACAAAAUGUACGUCCACCCAGAGUCUCCUAAUACCGGUUCCCACUGGAUGAGACAGGAGAUUUCCUUUGGGAAAUUAAAACUCACCAACAACAAAGGCGCCAAUAACAACAACACUCAGAUGAUAGUCCUGCAAUCUCUACACAAGUACCAGCCGCGGCUGCACAUUGUGGAAGUGACGGAGGACGGCGUGGAGGACUUGAACGAGCCCUCCAAGACCCAGACCUUUACCUUCUCAGAGACGCAGUUCAUUGCCGUGACGGCCUACCAAAACACCGACAUAACGCAGCUCAAGAUUGACCACAACCCCUUUGCCAAAGGCUUCAGGGACAACUACGAUUCCAUGUACACCGCUUCCGAAAAUGACAGGUUAACUCCAUCUCCCACGGAUUCUCCUAGAUCCCAUCAGAUUGUCCCUGGAGGUCGGUAUGGCGUCCAGUCCUUCUUCCCGGAGCCCUUUGUCAACACAUUACCUCAAGCCCGCUAUUAUAACGGCGAGAGAACCGUGCCGCAGACCAACGGCCUCCUUUCGCCCCAACAGAACGAAGAGGUGGCCAACCCUCCCCAGCGGUGGCUUGUCACGCCUGUCCAGCAGCCCGGGACCAACAAAUUAGACAUCGGCUCCUAUGAGUCCGAAUACCCGUCCAGCACCUUGCUCCCCUAUGGCAUUAAGUCCUUGCCCCUCCAGACGUCCCACGCCCUGGGGUAUUACCCCGACCCGGCCUUCCCUGCAAUGGCAGGGUGGGGAGGUCGAGGCUCCUAUCAGAGGAAGAUGGCCGCCGGGCUCCCAUGGACCUCCAGAACCAGCCCCCCUGUGUUCUCCGAAGACCAGCUCUCCAAGGAGAAAGUCAAAGAAGAAAUGAGCUCUUCUUGGAUAGAGACUCCCCCUUCCAUCAAGUCCCUGGAUUCCAACGAUUCGGGGGUGUACACGGGCGCUUGCAAGCGAAGGCGGCUGUCCCCCAGCUCGUCCAGCAAUGAGAAUUCCCCCUCCAUCAAGUGUGAGGACAUGAAUGCCGAAGAGUACAGCAAAGACACCUCGAAAGGCAUGGGGGGAUAUUAUGCUUUUUACACAACUCCCUAA